UGUGCGUGUGUGACAGACAGAGAGAGAGAGAGAAGGGGUAGUGACUUUGUUUGGACGGGUUGGGAGGAGACAGUGUCGUAGACGUCCUGUCGUCUUUCGUCCGGCCAGUCCCACUCGUCUUCAGCACUCUCUGAAGGACAGACGCUCGCUCCUUCUUCUCUGGACUGUAUCAAACAAACUGUCAUCAGCAAAGGCACAUAUUUAUUUUCAUUUUCUUUUUUUUUUUGUGGAAAGCGUGUGUUGGGUUGUGUGAGUGAUGGAGUUGGACUGGGACUCGCAGGACUGCCUCCACCCAGAGAAUAGCUCAGCUCCUCAGCUGCUCCUCAACUUCAACCAGCUGGACGGACGCUUCAAACAGCUGCAAGAUGAGCGUGAGGCGGUCCAGAAGAAGACCUUCACUAAGUGGGUAAACUCCCACCUGUCCAGAGUGUCCUGCCGCAUCACAGACCUCUACAUGGACCUGCGGGACGGACGCAUGCUGAUCAAACUGCUGGAGGUCCUGUCUGGAGAGAAACUGCCAAAGCCCACCAAGGGCCGGAUGCGGAUCCACUGUCUGGAGAACGUGGACAAGGCCCUGCAGUUCCUGAAAGAGCAGCGGGUCCAUCUGGAGAACAUGGGAUGUCACGACAUUGUGGACGGAAACCACCGCCUGACGCUGGGCCUCAUCUGGACCAUCAUCCUCCGCUUCCAGAUCCAGGACAUCAGCGUGGAAACAGAGGACAACAAGGAGAAGAGGUCGGCCAAGGACGCCCUGCUGCUCUGGUGUCAGAUGAAGACAGCGGGAUAUCCCAAUGUGAACAUUCACAACUUCACCACUAGUUGGCGUGAUGGCAUGGCCUUCAACGCCCUCAUCCACAAGCACAGACCAGAUCUCAUUGACUUUGACAAGCUGAAGAAGUCCAACGCCCAUUACAACCUGCAGAAUGCCUUCAACCUGGCUGAACAACACCUGGGUCUGACUAAACUACUGGACCCAGAAGAUAUCAGCGUGGACCACCCGGAUGAGAAGUCGGUUAUCACCUACGUGGUGACGUAUUACCACUACUUCUCCAAGAUGAAGGCCCUGAAGGUGGAGGGCAAACGUAUUGGAAAGGUGUUGGACAAUGCCAUAGAGACAGACAAGAUGAUCGAGAAGUAUGAGUCACUGGUGUCCGACCUGUUGGAGUGGAUUGAGCAGACCAUCACCAUCCUCAACAACCGAAAGUUCGCCAACUCCCUGGUUGGUGUCCAGCAGCAGCUCCAGGCCUUCAACACCUACCGUACCAUAGAGAAACCCUCCAAGUUCACAGAGAAGGGGAACUUGGAGGUUCUGCUCUUCACCAUCCAGAGUAAGAUGAGGGCCAACAACCAGAAGGUGUUCACGCCACGAGAGGGGAAACUCAUCUCAGACAUCAACAGGGCAUGGGAGCGCCUGGAGAAGGCGGAGCAUGAGAGAGAGCUGGCUCUGAGGACGGAGCUGAUUCGCCAGGAGAAACUGGAGCAGCUCGCCAGACGCUUCGACCGCAAGGCCGCCAUGAGAGAAACCUGGUUGAGUGAGAACCAGAGACUGGUCUCUCAGGAUAAUUUUGGCUUCGACCUCCAGGCGGUGGAAGCCGCCACCAAGAAGCACGAGGCGAUCGAGACGGACAUCGCAGCGUAUGAGGAGCGUGUGCAGGCAGUGGUUGCCGUGGCGAGGGAGCUGGAGGCGGAGUCUUAUCAUGACAUCAAGCGUGUGGUGGCACGUAAAGACAACGUACUGCGUCUGUGGGAGUACCUUCUGGAUCUGCUGAAGGCUCGCCGCCAGAGACUGGAGACCAACUUGGGCCUGCAGAGAGUCUUCCAGGAGAUGCUGUACAUCAUGGACUGGAUGGACGAAAUGAAGAUGUUGCUGCUUUCUCAGGAUUAUGGGAAACACCUGCUUGGUGUGGAGGACUUGCUGCAGAAACAUGCUCUGGUGGAGGCCGACAUUGCCAUCCAGGCUGACCGGGUGAGGGCGGUGAACACCAACGCUCAGAAGUACUCCAUCUGCGAUGACGGCUACAAACCCUGUGACCCACAGGUGAUCCAGGACCGCGUGGACCACAUGGAGUUUUGCUAUCAGGAGCUGACCCAGCUGGCCGCAGAGCGUCGUGCCUGCCUGGAGGAAUCCCGCCGGCUCUGGAAGUUCUUCUGGGAAAUGGCGGAGGAAGAGGGCUGGAUCCGCGAGAAGGAGCAGAUCUUAUCAUCAGAGGAGUAUGGGAAAGACCUGACGGGAACGCUGCGACUCCUCAGCCAGCAGCGGGCUCUGGAGGAUGAGAUGAGCGGCCGCGCUGGCCACCUGCAGCACACCAUUGCUGAGGGCAGGGCAAUGGUGCAGGCAGGCCACUUUGGAGCUGCCAAGAUCCAGGAGCGAAUCGAUGACCUGCAGGCGCAGUGGGCGGGGCUGGAGAGGCUGGCGGCAGCGAGGAAGACACGCCUGGAGGAGACACUGGCGCUGCAUCAGUUUCAGGCAGACGCUGAUGAUGUGGACGCUUGGACACUGGACGCCCUGCGGAUUGUGUCUAGUGGUGAGACAGGACAUGAUGAGUUCUCCACUCAGGCACUGGUCAGGAAGCACAAAGAUGCUGCGACUGAGGUGGGUAGCUACCGACCUGUGAUUGAUGCUCUGCAUGAACAGGCUGCUGUCCUGCCCCAGGCGGAGGCAGAGUCAGAGGGCGUGCGCGGACGUCUUGCGGGCAUCGAGGAGCGUUAUAAGGAGGUGUCAGAGCUGACCAGGCUGAGGAAACAAGCGCUCCAGGAUGCGCUCGCUCUCUACAAAAUGUUCAGCGAGGCGAACGCUUGCGAGGUGUGGAUCGACGAGAAGGAACAGUGGCUCAAUAGCAUGGAGAUCCCUGAGAAACUGGAGGACCUGGAGGUCAUCCAGCACAGGUUUGAGAGUUUGGAGCAGGAGAUGAACAACCAGGCGUCCCGCGUGGCGGUGGUGAACCAGAUCGCCAGGCAGCUGAUUCAUAAUGGACACCCAAGUGAGAAAGAGAUCAAGUCUCAACAGGACAAGCUCAACAACAGGUGGAGCCAGUUCCGCGACCUGGUGGACCAGAAGAAGGAGUCUUUGCAUUCCGCGCUGGGAGUCCAGAACUAUCACCUGGAUUGCAACGAGACAAAAUCUUGGAUCAAAGAGAAGACCAAAGUCAUCGAGUCAACGCAGGAGCUGGGCAAUGACCUGACUGGGGUCAUGGCCCUCCAGCGCAAACUGACGGCGAUGGAGCGCGACUUGGUGGCCAUUGAGGACAAGCUGUCCGACCUACGCAAUGAAGCUCAGAGGCUGGCAGAGGAGCACCCGGACCAGGCAAAGGCCAUCACAGGCCGGCUGGCUGAGAUCAAUGCCGUUUGGGAGGAGAUGAAGACAACACUCAAGAAUCGUGAGGAGUCUCUGGGCGAGGCCAGCAAGCUGCAGCAGUUCCUUCGAGAACUGGAUGACUUCCAGUCCUGGCUGUCCCGUACGCAGACAGCCAUUGCCUCCGAGGACAUGCCCAACACGCUGGCCGAAGCUGAGAAGCUGCUGGCCCAGCACGAGGGCAUCAAGAACGAGAUCCGUAACUACGAGGAGGACUACCAGAAGAUGCGGGACAUGGGUGACAUGGUAACUCAAGGCCAGACCGACGCCCAGUACAUGUUCCUCCGCCAGAGACUGGAGGCACUGGACACAGGCUGGAACGAGCUCCACAAGAUGUGGGAGAACCGCCAGAAUCUUCUGACCCAGUCUCACGCCUAUCAGCUGUUCCUCAGAGACACAAAGCAGGCAGAGGCCUUCCUCAAUAACCAGGAGUAUGUCCUGGCACACACAGAGAUGCCCACCACCCUGGAGGGAGCUGAGGCAGCCAUUAAGAAGCAGGAGGACGUAAUGACCACCAUGGACGCCAACGAGGAGAAGAUAAACGGUGUGGUGGAGGCCGGACGCAGGCUGGCCGCUGACGGAAACAUCAACUCUGAACGCAUCCAGGAGAGGGCGACCUCCAUAGACGACAGACAUAAGAAGAAUCGGGAAGCCGCUGUGGAGCUACUGAUGAGACUCAAGGACAACAGAGACCUGCAGAAGUUCCUGCAGGACUGCCAGGAGCUGUCUCUGUGGGUGAGCGAGAAGAUGCUGUGUGCUCAGGAUCUGUCAUACGACGAGGCCAGGAACCUGCACAGCAAGUGGCUCAAACACCAGGCCUUCAUGGCUGAACUGCAGUCCAACAAGGAGUGGUUGGACAAGAUUGAAAAGGAUGGUUUGCUGCUGGUGUCAGAGAAGCCAGAGACAGAAGAAGUGGUGAAGGACAAGCUGUCGGUGCUGCACAGGAUGUGGGCGGAGCUUGAGAGUACCACCCAGACCAAGGCGCAGUGUUUGUUUGAUGCCAACAGGGCAGAGCUGUUCACGCAGAGCUGUGCUGACCUGGACCAGUGGCUGCUUGGCCUGGAGGGCCAGAUCCAGUCUGAUGAUUAUGGCAAGGACCUCACCUCCGUCAACAUCCUGCUGAAAAAACAACAGAUGCUGGAGAACCAGGUAGAGGUGCGUCAGAGGGAGGUGAUGGAGCUGCAGACCCAGGUAGAGGCGCUUGGGGAAGAGGGCGGAGACACGGAGGAGGUGGACGGGCGGAGGCAGACGGUGGAAAAGAAGUUCCAGGCGCUGCUGGAGCCGCUGAGGAAGAGGAAGAAUUUCCUGGUGGCGUCCAGGGAGAUCCACCAGUUCAACCGAGACGUGGAGGAUGAAAUCCUCUGGGUGGAGGAGAGGAUGACUAUGGCCACCUCCACAGACCAUGGUCACAACCUGCAGACAGUCCAGCUGCUCAUCAAGAAGAACCAGACUUUACAGAAGGAGAUCAUGGGUCAUCAGCCUCGUAUUGAUGACAUCAUCGAACGGAGUCAGAGCCUCCUGGUGGAUGAGUCUCCCAGUGCGGAGGCCAUCGGUCAGCGUCUGGCGGCGCUGCAGGAGCUGUGGCGGCUGCUAAUGAAGGAGACAGAGUCCCGCCACACCCGGCUGGAGGAGGCUCAUGAUGCCCAGCGGUUCUACUUUGACGCGGCGGAGGCAGAGGCCUGGAUGAGCGAACAGGAGCUGUACAUGAUGUCAGAGGAGAAGGCCAAGGAUGAGCAGAGUGCAGUGGCAAUGUUGAAGAAACAUCAGAUUGUGGAGUUGGCGGUGGAGGACUAUGCUGAGACGGUACACCAACUUUCCAAAACCAGCAGAGGACUGGUAGCUGCUGGACACCCAGAGAGCGAGCGUAUCAGCAUGCGUCAGUCUCAGGUGGACAAGCUGUACGCGGGGCUGAAGGACCUGUCGGAGGAGCGCAGGGGGAAGUUGGAUGAGCGGUUUCGUCUCUUCCAGCUCAACCGAGAGGUGGACGACCUGGAGCAGUGGAUCGCUGAGAGAGAGGUGGUGGCCGGCUCCCACGAGCUGGGACAGGACUACGAACACGUCACCAUGCUGCAGGAGCGUUUCAGGGAGUUUGCACGCGAUACAGGGAAUAUUGGCCAGGAGCGUGUGGACACCGUCAACCACCUGGCGGAUGAGCUGAUCAACACGGGACACGGCGAUGCAGCUACCAUCGCAGAGUGGAAGGACGGGCUGAACGAAGCAUGGGCUGACCUGCUGGAGCUGGUGGACACACGAACGCAGAUCCUGGCCGCCUCUUACGAGCUGCACAAGUUCUACCACGACGCCAGAGAGAUCCUCAGCCGAGUCCUGGACAAGCAGAAGAAACUUCCAGAAGAAGACGGACGAGACCAGAUCACAGUGGAGACGCUGCAGAGGAUGCACAACACCUUCCAACAUGAUAUCCAGGCGCUGGGAACACAGGUGAGGCAGUUGCAGGAGGACGCCAUGCGUCUGCAGUCAGCAUACGCUGGAGAUAAAGCAGACGACAUCCAGCGCCGGGAGAGCGAAGUCAUGGAUGCCUGGAGGAGCCUACUGGAGGCCUGCGAAGGGCGCAGGCUCCGCCUCCUGGACACCGGCGACAAGUUCCGCUUCUUCAGCUUGGUCAGGGACCUUCUGCUGUGGAUGGAGGACGUCAUCCGCCUGAUAGACGCCCAGGAGAAUCCGAGAGAUGUGUCAUCAGUAGAGCUGUUGAUGAAUAACCACCAGGGCAUCAAGGCAGAGAUUGACGCCCGCAACGACAACUUUACUUCCUGUAUUGAAUUGGGCAAGGUGCUGCUAGCACGGAAACACUAUGCAUCAGAGGAGAUUAAGGACAAGUUGCUGCAGCUGACGGACAAGAGGAAAGAGAUGAUUGACAAGUGGGAGGACAGAUGGGAGUGGUUAAGACUGAUUCUGGAGGUCCACCAGUUCUCCCGAGAUGCCGGGGUGGCGGAGGCAUGGCUGAUGGGUCAGGAGCCAUAUCUAUCCAGCAGGGAGAUUGGUCAGAGUGUCGACCAGGUGGAGAAACUCAUAAAGAGACACGAAGCCUUUGAGAAGUCUGCCGCUACCUGGGAGGAGCGCUUCUCCGCGCUGGAGAGACUGACUACGCUGGAGUUGUUGGAGGUGAGGAGACAGCAGGAGGAGGAGGAGAAGAGGAGACAACCUCCGACCCCAGAGCGUGUCCUGCUCCAGGAAGAGGAUGUGCAACUUCAGAGGGAAGGGGAGCUGAUCCUUCAGAAUGGAUUUCCAUCUGAUCAGGACUCUCCCAAGGACACAGAGGGAGAUGAACUGGUGAACGGUGUGGAGGAGAACAGCCCCCCACCCUCCCCCACUUCAGGCAGGCAAACCAAAGGCAGCCUGUCCACCACGCUGCCCUCCAAAACCCAAGACUCCUCCUCCUCCUCCACACAGCUGGAAGGCUUCCUGCACCGCAAACACGAAUGGGAGGGCCACAACAAGAAGGCCUCAAACAGGUCAUGGCACAACGUGUACUGUGUGAUCAACAACCAGGAGGUUGGUUUCUAUAAGGACAGUAAGACGGCGGGACAGGGCGUGGCCUACCACAACGAGGUGCCAGUCAACCUGAAGGACGCCGUGUGUGACGUGGCUUCAGACUACAAGAAGAAGAAAUACGUCUUUAAACUCAGAGUCGCUGAUGGUAACGAGUAUCUCUUUCAAGCCAAAGAUGAAGAGGAGAUGAGUUCUUGGAUUCAGGCCAUUUUGAACGCCGCCUCAGCAGACCAGUCUGAGCUUCCUCACAGUAAUCAGAGCACGCCGCUGUGCCACCGUGCCCAGACGCUGCCGGCCACCGUCAGCCUGCCGACGGAGUCCAGCCCCGGGAAGAAGGAGAAGGAGAAGAGGUUUAGUCUCUUCAGUAAGAAGAAGCAGUAGAGGCUGAGUGUCAAAGUAAAUCACUUUGGUAAAACAUUUCUCAAUUUUCCGUGAAAUGAACUUUACGUAGAUAUCUUUCAGGUUUAUUAAUGUGCAUAUUAACCUAUGGAAAGGUAUUGUUAUUACACAAUAAUUUUGAGAAAGUACCCAAUGAAUACUAAUACUCAAAGCAACGAAGCUGUGUAUCUAGAACACGUUAACUGGAAUAAGGCCACUGUAAAGUUUCCAACAUGCUGUACUUCCUGCUCAUUCUCUAGCAGUCAACAGAUGUUUUUUUUCUGAAGCAGUUUGUUCGGGUGAUGGUUCGGUUUGAGACAGAUACUAGGGGCUAGCAGGGACUCAGCCGAGAGAAGAUUAAAUGUCCACGUGGUGGCGGUAGUGGGAAGGUCGGCUUAGGCUGUAGAAGAAGGUCGAUGUUGAGAAUGUGAAGCAAAGGCCACCUCCAGCUCUUACCAGAGAUGAAGAGGUAGUGAACGUGACAGUGAUGAUGAUAGUAGCGAUGAUGAGGGUGUGAUGAUGACGAUGGUGGUGUGUCUCAUAACCUGUCAAUGAACAGGCUCUGUGUGGAUGCCUCGGUGCAGAGGAACCUUCCCUGUCCUGCUGGGAGAAGUAUAUAGAACAAGGAAAGCUGACAUAUUCAAAGAGGAAGUGAUGUUAUUACUAAACAGGAAGUACAGCCAGUGGUGUUGGUGGCUGCUUAGGUUCUCAAAUGAAGUCAGCAGAGCUGAAAACUCUUCAGUGUUUUCCCAAAGUCUUGGUUUCAUCUCCACAGGGUUUCAUUUUUUUUGCUUUUCACUCUUUCCAUUGGGUGCCACACGGUGCCUCGUGUUCUUUAGGGGUCGUCUCACGAGCAUCAGUAAAGUCUAGAUGAAGACCAAUGCUCUAUGUGUUUAGUAACGCCACAUGUCCUACUUUCAUACUGCUUAUGUUCUUGUCUUUGGUUUUCAUGUUCUUGUCCAUCAUAAAGUGACUCCUGAGUUUUCAAACAUUUCUCUGAGUUCAGUCUUCAGAGACGAUCCACCUCCUUCCUCUGCCAUCAGAGCUGGACCAAUAGCAUUGUGUUGUUGUUGUUCUGUUUUUUGAGUUGUCUGCACUCAGAGGUCUCUCCCUGAUUGGUCCAAAAAGGGAUUUGGUUGGUAGAUGAUCAGCCAGUCAUGUUGAAGGGAGUGGUCACAUGGAGCGUGGCCCUAACAAACAGACCUGCACGCUUUGCUCUGGCUCACAAUGUAUCAUGAAGGAUGUCUGAUGUCUCUGUUCGGUCUGUCUUCUGUCUGUCUUCUGUCUCUGUUCUGUCUUCUGUCUGUGCUCUGCUGCCAGGAGACCAGUAUUAAGACCAAACAAUACGUUUUGAUACUUUUUUUUAAAUCUUCAUUGUUUUUCAUUGUUGUUAUUAUGUUUCAAAUAAGGACGUACAAUGAUGAAGUCAGUAUGUAUCAUAAACACUACAGAUAAGGACGUACAAUGAUGAAGUCAGUAUGUAUCAUAAACACUACAGAUAAGGACGUACAAUGAUGAAGUCAGUAUGUAUCAUAAACACUACAGAUAAGGACGUACAAUGAUGAAGUCAGUAUGUAUCAUAAACACUACAGAUAAGGACGUACAAUGAUGAAGUCUGUAUGUAUCAUAAACACUACAGAUAAGGACGUACAAUGAUGAAGUCAGUAUGUAUCAUAAACACUACAGAUAAGGACGUACAAUGAUGAAGUCAGUAUGUAUCAUAAACACUACAGAUAAGGACGUACAAUGAUGAAGUCAGUAUGUAUCAUAAACACUACAGAUAAGGACGUACAAUGAUGAAGUCAGUAUGUAUCAUAAACACUACAGAUAAGGACGUACAAUGAUGAAGUCAGUAUGUAUCAUAAACACUACAGAUAAGGACGUACAAUGAUGAAGUCAGUAUGUAUCAUAAACACUACAGAUAAGGACGUACAAUGAUGAAGUCAGUAUGUAUCAUAAACACUACAGAUAAGGACGUACAAUGAUGAAGUCUGUAUGUAUCAUAAACACUACAGAUAAGGACGUACAAUGAUGAAGUCAGUAUGUAUCAUAAACACUACAAAGUCUGAUGUUAAAUGGUGACAAUAAUUAAAGGAGCAGCAUUUAGUGCAAAAAAACAAAAGAAGGAAUAUCCUGGAGAAAAGGUUGCUUGCUUGUUGCCUCUCGCACUGUGCUGUGUGGUUUUUGCUAAACUUCCCUGCUCUUUGAUACGUAGUGUGCUUUCUGUCCCUGUAUCUACUGUACUGACGCUGUACUGUAUCUACUGUACUGACGCUGUACUGUAUCUACUGUACUGACGCUGUACUGAAAUAAAUGCCAUCAUACUGCACAAUCGCACAUA